AUGUGUCAGGCAGAAGGAGAAGUCAGGAAUCCCAGUUUCUGGCCUGACAUCGUGGAGAGGCUUCCUACAAUAGGUGUCCCAGACCAAUACCAUGACAACCACACAGCUAAGCCAAUAGGAGUUCUGGACCAAUACCAUGACAACCACACAGCUAAGCCAAUAGGAGUUCUGGACCAAUACCAUGACAACCACACAGCUAAGCCAAUAGGAGUCCCGGACCAAUACCAUGACAACCACACAGCUAAGCCAAUAGGAGUCCUGGAUCAAUACUAUGACAACCGCACAGCUAAGCCAAUAGGAGAGGAAUGCCAAACUCCAUCAACUCUACAGAUACACAUGAGAACUCACACUGUAGAGAACCAGUCGAAACCGCAGUGCCCUCUCUGCGGGGCAGAGUUCUCUCAGAAAGGCCUUCUGGAUGAUCACCUGAUGAUCGCCCACUCCCAUGAGAAACCAGAGAAGCCUUACCCCUGUCCAGACUGUGGGAAGAGAUUCUCCAGCAAGAGUUACAUCAAGAUCCACCGGAAGAUCCACAGUGGGAAGAUCUCUUACCACUGCGCCCAGUGUGAUAAGACUUUCCUGUCAGCGGAGGGGCUCAAGAAGCACGAGAGUGCUCACCGAGGAGAGAGACCGUACCGAUGCCCUGCGUGUGGCAAAUGUUUCAAACAACAAUCCCAGCUGACCUGUCACUUCAAGAUCCACACCGGAGAGAGGAGUCAUCUCUGCUUCCUGUGUGGGAAGAGUUUCGCCAGGGAGUUUGACCUCCGGGUGCAUCUCAGAGUCCACUCUGGAGAGAAGCCCUACCAGUGCCACGAGUGUGGCAAGAGCUACAGGUACAGAGCAGGCAUCCGGUCACACAUGCAGCAGAUGCACCCUGGGAAGCCUAUAGUGGAACCAACCCCACCCAUCCCCACAGGCCCUCGCUACGGCAGUGGAGGAAGUGGUCCUCCUACAUCCGUCAUCAGAAAGGAUCCUGGUGACCAAUCCAGCCCCAAAGCCCAGGGUCCUGAUCCAAGCCAUGGCAGCAAGGCGUCCAGUCAAACACCUCGGUUGAAGGCCAGAGCUGAAGAAGAGGAGGAGGAGGAGGAGGAAGAAGAAGAGGUGAACGUUGAUGGUUCGGGUAAUUCUGAAGAAGACGACGCCAGUUGGAAACCCGCUCUUCGUCUUGCCAAGACCGGUGGCGGUGGUCCCUCUGCAUCAGGACCACAGAGAAAACACCGGAAGAAACAACCGGUCAAACGGAAGACCAGCGUCCAAGAAGGCAACCAGAAGCGACCGAAAGCCAAGAGGUUUAACAACCGUCGCUGCUUUAAAUGUGGAGAGGGAUUCCCCCGGGAAUACGAGCUGUUGCUACACCUGCAGACACAUCUGGAUUACAACUGCUACGUGUGCGGAACGCCGUUCGACAACCAAGAGCUGCUGCGGAGACAUCAGGUGGAGCACGCCGAGGAGAGUCUGGGUGUGUUCUCUGGUGAGGCAGCAGGUCCAACCUCAGGGCAGCGGCGGGGGAGAGGGAAGAGUACUCACCGAUGUCCGACCUGUGGCAAAGAACUAUCCGACGCGUCCAAGCUGAAGUUGCACGUGAGAAUCCACACCGGGGAGAAACCGUACUGCUGCUCCCUGUGCGGAAAGGGUUUCACUCAGCCAGGGAACCUGAAAACACACAUGAAAACACACAGAGACGGGACCCCCAGUUUGUUGUCUGCUGGUGGGUUAGGUCCCUCUACAUCAAGAGGUCCUGAACACCACCAGGAGAAUCACACCGUCGCCGCAUCAGCGGCUCAGGAGAACUUCAACUGUCCAGAUCAACCGCCAGCGCAGAAACACAUGACGUCUCAGGACAGCGGAGAGAAGGCCUCUUUCUUCUGCUCGCUGUGUGGGGAGCAGUUCUCUGAGAAGGCACAGUUGGAAGAACACCGAUUGGCUCACAACAACAAGAAGCCUUUCCCCUGCCCCGACUGUGGCAAGAGGUUCCGCAGUAAUUACUACGUUAAGAUCCACAUGCGAAUGCACACCGGGAGAGGCCUUACCAAUGCACCGAGUGUGGGAAGGGCUUCAUCACAGAAGAAGGGCUGAAGAAGCACGAGAGCGCUCACCGGGGAGAGAGACCCCACCUCUGCCCCGAGUGCGGAAAGAGAUUCAAGCAACAGUCCCAACUUACGUGUCACUUCCGUAUGCACACCGGACAGAAGAGCCACCU